CUGCUUUGGCCUGGAGGAGAGAAGUCGUAACCGUGUAACUCUGAGGUCGGACAGUCGUGUGCUUGAGAUGCCCCUGGUUGCACCAUUUCACCUCUCGCUCGCUCUCUCCAGUGAUACCGCUGCUCCUCACCACUUCACUCGACCUGUGCUGGUGACCUCUUCUUGGUCGACGUGCACUCUGACCUCUCGUCAUAGGCAACAUCACUGCUAACCCACCACCUAUUCCGCUCCCAAUCUGCAGCAGGAGUGGCGGCAGGAUUCCAGUGUCAGAGUUCAGUUCGUGAACUUGGUCUUGACUUUCAUAUUCACGAGUUUCAGACUGCCCUGUUGACCUGAAAUAGACAAACACACAGAGAGAGAGAAAGGUCGAAGGCUCACCGUUUGUUGGCAUCAUGACCACACUCAAUAAUAAUAAUAACAAGCUCUCUUCAAUUAUAUCGAUAAUUAUUGACGGUAGGCGGUUGUUGUCUUGAACUUGAACUGUUACAGAAGUUGUAAUUGAGUGCAGUGCGUGUAUAUGUAAAACACUUCUUCGUGCUAAUAUGCGACUUUCACUGACGAGUCUGCUAUCAAAUACCUCUUUUGAGGGGUAAUUUGAUACGGAAAGUAUUUUGCUACGUCUUUGUUCAUUCAUGAGACGGAUAAUGAAUUAAGUUGGAAAUGCGUCAAUAGAACUGUUUAUACGAAUCCGGAAAUUUGACUCGAGAAAAAAAGCAACGUAUCUCAUAUUUUCAUCUUUCGGAGACGAGUGUAAAAGUUCAAUGGACAUUUUAUGUCGUAAUUAAGUGUCAAGCUGUUAAAUGUGAGACGCAAUUGUAGACACAUCACGGAACCAUAAAGAAUUGUUGACAUUUGCACAAACGUGCAUAAAUAUCAAUAAAAGUCUCAAGUUACUCAUCAUACCGUACAAAUAUGUCUCUACUUCGCAUGAAUAACAAUAAUAAUUAUUACGUUCCAGUAACAAAUUUGACUCCAACAACCAUUCCACGCACAUAAAUGAUAUUAAUGAACAUAAUAAUAAUAAUUCUCAACAACCCGAUCUAAGGAAAACAGAGAGUCAUAAAGAUAACACAUUUGAUCCUUGUGACUGAAAUCUGACUCGAAUUAUAUAAAAAAAAACUACCUGACGAAGAGUAUCAAGACGUCCGGAGGAGAGUGACGAUAGGAUUUUCACACCGUCAUUUGCAACGAUUAGCAAAAUAGUUAAUUUAGAUCCAUCCCCAGUGGGCCUAUUCUGGGGGAGGAGGAGUAGGCCCGAAGACGUGCAAAACAACAACAACAGCCCCCUGUUCUCCAGAGUACCAUCUUCCAGCACGUCACCACCUGCAGCAAUUGAUAACUACUCGGGAACCUAUUAUCACCACCCCUCCUCGCAACCUGGUCACCACCACCACCAUCACCACCACUUUCCCACAUCAACCUCUGCAAAAAUCAGGACGCCGAUCCCAAUUAAAUUCGACCUGCCUUCGUGGUCGUCGGAAGGACCCCCACAUCAUCAAGGGUUUGGGCCUCCGGCCUCCGGCAACAAGGUGUUGGUCCCAAGUUCUGGGGUUCUCCCCAACCCUGGAGUCCUCCUCAGUCCGGAUGUGAUGCUGGCCUCUGGAUGGAGGUCCGAACAUCAUCCCUCGAACGGACUCUCAUCCAUGACUCCCACAAGUCCCAACGAUGAUAUGAACGGCUCCAAUGGGCUCCCAGGCUUGGGACAAACGACACAUCCACCCCAACCCACCUCUUCUGCCUCCUCUGCAGCCUCGCCCAACUCGGCGGACAAGGGGCAGAAUAUCGAGUGCGUCGUAUGUGGAGACAAAUCAAGCGGAAAACAUUAUGGAGUUUCGACUUGUGAAGGUUGCAAAAGCUUUUUCAAAAGAAGUGUGCGGAGAAACUUGACCUACUCAUGUCGAGGAAAUCGAAACUGUCCAAUUGAUCAACACCACCGUAAUCAAUGUCAAUAUUGUCGACUGAAGAAGUGCCUCAAAAUGGGAAUGCAACGGACGGCGUCUUUGUGUCGUUUAGCCGUUCAGAGGGGUCGUGUUCCUCCAACCCCAGGCCCGGGCGGAUACCCAGGUCAACUCGCCCUUACAAAUGGAGAUGGUCUCAACGGUCCGACAUACUUGUCAUCCUACAUUUCCCUUCUUCUCAGAGCUGAGCCAUACCCAACAUCACGGUACGGUCAGUGUAUGCAAGCCAACAACAUUAUGGGAAUCGACAACAUUUGUGAACUAGCAGCUAGACUUCUUUUCUCCGCCGUUGAAUGGGCACGAAAUAUUCCAUUCUUUCCUGACUUGCAGGUAACGGACCAAGUAGCUCUCUUGAGACUUGUUUGGUCCGAACUGUUUGUCCUCAACGCAUCCCAGUGUUCUAUGCCCCUUCACGUAGCUCCGUUGUUAGCUGCAGCCGGGCUGCAUGCAGCGCCUAUGGCUGCGGACAGGGUCGUUGCAUUUAUGGACCACAUCAGAAUCUUUCAAGAGCAAGUCGAAAAACUCAAAGCUCUUCACGUUGACUCUGCCGAAUACUCUUGUCUCAAAGCGAUCGUCUUGUUCACGACAGACGCAUGUGGACUUUCGGACGUAAACCAUAUAGAAGGUCUCCAGGAAAAGUCACAGUGUGCGUUGGAGGAGUACUGCCGAACUCAAUAUCCUAAUCAGCCCACAAGAUUCGGAAAGCUACUCCUUAGACUGCCAUCGCUAAGGACAGUGUCAUCACAGGUGAUUGAGAAACUCUUCUUUGUGAGAUUGGUAGGCGCCACUCAAAUUGAGACUCUCAUACGGGAUAUGCUCCUAUCCGGAAGUAGCUUCAACUGGCCAUACAUAUCCAGCAUAUGACAGACCUUUGCCUCCCCUACGACUGUCCUCGCCCACGCCCUCGCUGCCCAACAACUGACCACCACGAUCAGCAGUAUGUAGUAAUGAAGGGUCGAGCUCUCCGAUAAUCACUCGCUAAUCAAUUUAGACCAUCCAAUCAAUCAUGUGGAGCUGCUACUAUGAAACAGAAUUCGGAGGGGAAAUUCCUACUUCCUUCAGCACAAGACGAAUAAAAAUCCUUCCCUUCGUACAAUCACAAUCAUUUCCCCCUAUUAAGCUAAUCCUGCUUGAAUGAAGCUGCAUCUUCAUCUAAUUUAUUGUCGUACACAAGUAACUCCCCCCAAUCAAUAUAUUUGCCCCUUUUCGACGUCCGAGUCAUUGUUCACAUUUGUUUUUUUAUUCAAAUUCUUACAUUGCCCCUUCCCAACCAAUUCGCAUGUAAUCUCUCUGACUGCUCCUGAGUUAGAUUGUUUGUUUCUGGUGUGGCAUUGUUGGUUUAAUAAAACAAGUCUUAGGUAGUAGCAGUUUUAGCAAUGAACAUCGAUUUUCCUAAAUCCAGUCGUGUACAGUUUUAAUGUCUAAUAUACUAGUUUACAUUAAGUACGUUUAAAAUAGCAAAAGAACUUCCUUUUUGGUGUGAAAGUCACAAAAGUUUGGUAAUUCGAGGAAGAGUUGACACAUGCAUAAUGUAGUAACGCAUAUAUAAUAAAAUACAAUGCAUAGUUCAAUUUCUGUAAUAAGAAUAUGAUAUUUAAAUAUUUCUCGUGUACCUGUAGUGUAGAUGAUAAGUAGUUAUGAUAAUGUACUUACUAUGUAUGAAGAAUAAGUUAUAAAUAUAAUAUAUAUAUAUAAAUAGUCCAAUGUCCGGUGAUUUAGAAAAUAGCCCGUGACUGAAGAAAAGUAGUAAUUACAAAUUUUUGAACAUUUCUGAGUUUAGUGUUUGUUUGUUUUUUAAAUUGAUUGUUCGUUAUUUUAUUGUUUUCUUGAUUUGAUCUGUUUGUUUCUACUUUCUGCUGAGGUUCAAAUAACUGGCAAUUAUCUAAUAAUACCGAUUAUCCAAAAAAAAAUCCCGAGUUUUGGUAUAUAAUUAUAGCAACUCUGCUUUAUUGAAUCCCUAUGUGUGGUGCUUUAUAUAACUUUUAGCGAAACCAAUGCCAUUGAUUUUGAGCCUUUAAAAUGAAAUAUUGAUGAAUUACCGGUGUACAUUUGCUGGAAUAUGUUGGCCAUGUUGUUUCGCAUCACGAUUAAUUGGCAUCGUUGAUAUUACUAUAAGGCAACACUACAUACACAGACCCCCGUCAAUUAAUCGUGGUUUCACAGAUAGAUUGGCUAUAUCCAAAAAAUGUCAUCAUUUUUCAACUUUUAUCACUCACUCAAGUAUAAAGUCAACACAAAUACUACUAAAAAUAAAAAAAUAUAAAGCUGUCACACGAUAAAAAGAACAAGCCACAGACACUCAAGUUUCGCAAUAUUUUAUGUAUGUUCAAUUAAAAUUGUGUAUCAUGAAUAUUUGACUAUAUAGAGAAUGUAUCUGAGAAAAGUCAUGAUGUUUGCCAGUUUCCUCAAGCUAAUAAAAAAUACAUGAUCUCGUGCUCAUUU